AUGUCGGGGAAACAACCAAAAACUAUAUUUACAGAUCAAUCUGCUGCAAUGGCUAAUGCAAUAGAAGAUGAGUUUCCUAAAUCAAAUCAUCGUCUAUAUGAAAAUGAAUGGAUAGUUGCUUGGAAUUACAUGCUUGAGACAUAUGAUGUAACUGAUAAUCCAUGGUUGCGUGAAAUGUUUGAUGUGAAAGAGAAAUGGUGUAUGGUAUACGGUCGACAUAUGUUCACUGCUGAUAUGAAAAGCACUCAAUGCAGUAAAUCAAUGAAUGGUGUGUUGAAGAAAUACUUGAAGCCAAAACAUGGUCUUUUGCAAUUUUUUGGACAUUACUCUAGAGUAUUGUCUGAUAAGCGAAGCCAAGAACUACAAGCAGAGUUCAAAAUGAGACAAACAACACCAGUUUUACAAUUUGAUUUUGAGAUGUUGAGACAUGCUGCAAAGGUGUACACUUCAGAAAUAUUCAAAAUGUUUCAAGAUGAAUAUGUGAAGAUUGUGGAUUGUACUAUUUACAAGGCUAGUAAAUCUGAUUCUAUCAUAGAAUACAAAGUGAAAUAUCGAAACAAAACUCAAAAGUACUUAGUCAAAUAUGAAGCCUCAACAACGACAGUCCAAUGCAGUUGCAUGAAGUUUAGCUUUGUGGGAAUUCUAUGUUUCCAUACUUUGAAAGUUCUUGACAAGAAAAAUGUUAAGAGAAUUCCAGCCCAUUAUGUAUUGAAAAGAUGGACACAAGAUGCAAAUGUUGGUUCUAUUAAGGACUCUUAUGGCAUUGAUGUUAAAGGUAGCGCUCAAGAGUCAGUGGGAAAGCGUCUUUCUCACUUGAGUCACAAAUGUCUUCAAAUUAACACACUUGCAACAGAGAGAGAGAUGAUGUAUGAACAUGUUGAUAAAUGUUUUGACAAAUUAUUGAAGGAUUUGCAAGAAAUGAGAAUUGAAUGUUGUUUGUCCUCUAUGGAGGGUGAGGUCCAUGGUGAAGUUGUUCCCGAGAAUGUUUUACAAGGUGACGGUGGAUUUGAGUCACAUGACAUUUCUCAAGGCAUAUGUGGGAUCAAAACAAAACCUACUGUAGGUCGUCCAAGAGGAAGCUAUAGUAAUUUGGUUGGACAAGACAAUGUUGUUGGGUUAAAUGGUUUGAAUCAGGAAUGUUUUGAUUGUGAAUUUUUAGUUGGACAAGAUCACGUUGGGUUAUAUGGCUUGAAUCAGGUUUUAGUAGAUCCUGAUAUUGACAACUUUUGA